UUUGAUGCUGCGCGAGAGCCGAGCGGUGAGACAGAGAGAGAGAGAGAGAGAGAGAGAGAGAGAGAGUUUAAAGUUUAAUUUAUUAUCAGAUUUAAUUUAAUAUUCGGAGCCGAACCCGAGCUCAGGACUACCGGACUCACCUCAGGACUCAGACCAUGGAGCUGCGGGUCUUAGGCUGGCUCUGUCUGUGUGUCGUGUUUCUCUCAGGAACAGUGUGUGGGCUGCAGAUAUCGACCUCAGGUCCGUCGCCUGUGGAGAAGGCGAGCGGUGAGACGGUGUCCCUGAGCUGUUCCUUUACUCUCGCAGCGCAGGACAGUGGACCUCUGGACAUCGAGUGGACGCUGCAGCCCGCUGACAACCAACAAGGGGAGCAAGUGGUGAUCCUGUACUCAGGAGACAGGGUAUACGACAAUUAUUAUCCUUCUCUAAAAGGCAGAGUGCACUUUAACUCCCCCGACCCGAAGAACGGCGACGCCUCCAUCACAAUCACGGGGCUGAUCGCCUCCGACACGGGAACGUACCAGUGUAAGGUCAAGAAAGCACCGGGCAUCGGCAGCCUAAAGAUCCUGCUAACUGUCAUGGUGAGGCCCUCUAAGCCGCGGUGUUCUAUCGAGGGUUCUCCAUACUUCGGGAACGAUGUGGUUCUGAGGUGUAAGUGCACGGAUGGGACGAGUCCGAUACAGUACAAGUGGGAGAAGACCAGCGACACCAAGCUGCUGCCCGCUAACGCUAUGCUGGAUGGUGCUGCAGGGACGUUGAAGAUCCGUAACGCGACGGCGGCGAUGUCAGGGAGUUACCUCUGUACUGCACAGAACCGAGUGGGAUCUGACCAGUGUACACUACAGCUGAACAUCACACCACGCCCGAACACAGCGGGGGUCAUAGCGGGGUCAGUGAUCGGUGUUCUCCUCUUCCUGCUCCUCUUGGCUCUGCUCCUGUUCUGCUGCUGCCGCGCUCGUCAGAAAAAGAAGUACGAGAAGGAGAUUUCCUACGAGAUCAGAGAGGACGUUCCUGCUCCUAAGAGCCGGAUCUCUACGGCCCGCAGUUUCACCAGCGCAGGGAGUCAGCGCUCGUCCCUCGGCUCCAUGUCUCCGUCUAACCUGCAUGAGUAUGCCAAGACCCACUACAACAAGGUUCCCUCUGAGGAGUACGAGGCUCCGCCCAGCCACGUCCCUCUUCCCCCUCCCAGCCUCUCCCCCGUCAUGCCCGUCGUCCCACCCAGCAGGGUCAGCGGCCCCAACCUCAGCCGCAUGGGGGCGGUUCCGGUCAUGACCCCGGCGCAGAACCGGGACGGGUCCAUCGUGUAACGGCCAAGAGAUGAGAGACGAGCGUCACGUACUGAACUCCCCAUUUAUUCUUCCAGAUCAUGAGCAGAAAGAAAUGCAUAAACUGUGUGUGUGUGUGUGUGUGUGUGUGUGUGUGUGUGUGGAUAAACCAGAUUCUGCUCUGUAAAUAAAUGAAUCUUUUUAUUUUUAGAUUGUUCUCUGGCGUCGUGUGUAGUGAGACGUUUCCGGACCACUCUGUGUCUUUUCCUCUAAAAUCAUUACCAGUUUGAUUGAAAGAUGAGACAUGUCUCGGUGUCUCCGCUCGUCCUCUCAGCAGUUCUGCAGCUCUUCAGGUGUGUGUUGUGGUGAAGUCACUUGGCGAGGCUGUGUUUGUGUGUUAGAGCUCCAGUGAACAGCCGUGUGUAACCUGUACAUACAGGGCUCUGAUUGUAGUGUGUGUGUGUUUUUGUGUGUGUUUUUGUGUGUGUGUGGUUAGAACUGCUCCUGGUCAUUCAUACUACAGCCUUAGGGUUAGAAUCUCGAUAAAGAUCUCCUUUCAUCUUUCACACUACAGUAGAGUUUUUAUACAGCAGGAACAAGGCCUUACCAUAUAUGGUGAUUUGAGGGCGUGUUUUAUGUAAAUGAGCUGAGCACUUUGGAGUGUGUGAUUUUAUAAACAUCUGUUUCGUGAAACUGUUUCACACUGAACUGAACCCUUUCUGUGGCUCUGCCCCCCUGAUAGCUCCUCCUAUUUGGUUGCACGAUUCCCAUUGGUUGCAAGUUGUUAUUGAAACUAAAACAUAUCAGGCUAGGAGUGUGUGUGUGUGUGUGUGUGUGUGUGUAUGCAUGUGUGUGUGUAUGCAAAAUUCUGGCAGAUGAAGGAUCUUAUUUCAGGAAGAUACAUUUAUUAGAUGAAGUAAACCUGGUGUAUGUGUGUGUGCACGCUCUUGUUUUUCCCCACUGUGUGUGUGUGUGUGUGUGUGUGCGUGCGAAUGUGCAUGUGUGUGCAUGUAUGACGAUAGUAAGUUCAGUUGGAGUACUGUGGUUUAAAGUUGACGGUGAUGAUGAAGGUCAGGGUGAUGAAGCUCUUUGUCUUGUGUUUCUUGUGAAACUGAGUAGGUUUGUUCAUCAGGUAAACCUAAAGAAUACAGCCACCCUCUGUGUGUGUGUGUGUGUGUGUGAGAGAGAGAGAGAGAGAGAGAGAUCCGUUUGUGGAUAUCCUGUUGUUUCUAUAGUUAUAGAAAUGUAGUGAUGUGAUAAAAGUAUUUUUUUAAUUUGAGAAGCUUAGAUAGUUAAACCUUUUGAUGAUUGUGGUUCAGGUUAGCAUGGAGUUAGCCUAGCCUUCACCAGCAGGUGACCUGGUGUUCCUGACACACACACAGACCUAGGCGGGGCUGUUAGCUGUAGCUGUUCCGUCUUUGUUUCUCUCUGUUCAACUGUUAAUGUUUUAUAUUUUCACAUUAAAUUUGCUGUAAAUUCAAUUAUUUUGUUAAUUUUUAAAUAAAAGUUGGGACAAAAAUA